UUUCUGUUCGUUAUAGAGCAGAGGAGAAAAACAUAAAAAAGAACUAAAAAUAAAAAAUAAAAAAAAAAUACACAGAGAAGAUUUGCUUUUGCUGUCAGCGAUGGAUUCUCCUUCAAAAAGCCUCUCUCUCUUUCCAUUUCCAGGUAUUCAUAUCCAAAAUACCUGCUUUAAAUUCCUCUCAUUUCCGACCCUCCGCAAUCAGACGACGAUCUUCUCUCAUCCCGGAAUCCGAUUCUCGCUCGCUUUUGACUUAGACGAGAAGUUCUGGACAAUGCACGCCAACUGUUCGACGAAAUGCGUCGAUGUGUGACCUGCAGGCCACAAAUGGGUCCAUGAUAUGAUCAGCCAUGAUUAAUGUAAGAUGCACACCGUUUGUAUUGCAAUGAGCCAUCCCUAUCGGAUGGAUGGUGUGCAAUUGUACGCUUUCAUAGGUUUGUAGCUGCUAUCUAGGGUCAUAUGCUAGGUGUUUGACUGUUUCUAUAUUGAUGACAAAUGAUCUUCUUAGACUUCCAUGGGAUGAAAUGUAAGACCCACACUUCUUUCAGGAAGAUCUGUCUAGCUAAAUGGGAAGUAUAUUACAUCUCUUUGAAUCCAAUCAGGCUACUACGUCACAGAAACUGCUUGCACAUAAGAGACGUUCUGAUGGCUUGGAAGCUCCUCGAAAUAGCUUGGAACUGCCUAUAGAAACAUCGAGCUAUCAUGCCAUGUGCGAUAACAUACCGUAUUCAUAUCAAGUGAAGCAGAAUACCUCCAAAAGGAAUAUUUAUCCGAAUGGAACCCCUGUGAAGAAGCUGAUCGAUGAAGAAAUAUCCAAACCAAAAAAGAACAGACGCAAUGUACCAAGCGUCAUCGCCCAUCUGAUGGGGAUGGAUAUGUUACCAAUAGAGAAAAUACCCACAAUCCAAGCGGCCGAAAGAAGGAAGGAAGAUGCCAAGAAUGGUGUACUGAGUAAAGAAAAGGCUGGUAAUGGUUCAACUCACUCUAGCCCACUCCGCCCAAAACCUGCCAAGCAAACAAAGAAAUAUUUACUUCCUCACAUUAACAAACGGGAUCCUGAAUGUCUAAAGUUGUCUAAACAACAGCCUCGGGAACAUCCACAAGAGGAGCAACUACAGAAAUUCAAGAAAGAGUUUGAAGCAUGGCAAGCAUCCAAGGUUUGGCAACGUUCUAGGAGUGCCGGAAUGGACGGGAAUCUAAGACAAUGGGAAGAUUACCAAACCCUUGCACAGGAAAAUCUUAACAUGGAAAAGAUGGCACGUUAUGCUAAUUCUGUGAGAAAUUCAGCACAGAAUUUACAUGGAGAACUCGAGGAUUAUAAUCUGCCAUUUGCAAUGGAAACAAGCACCCAACAAAUGGGUGGUUUACGGCAUUAUGGACAUAGGAGUAAGCCAUUCCAAUUCAAUGAAAAGGAAGCUUUGAUGUUAAAUAGCAGAACCAAAACUUGUGACUUUAAGCAGUUCCCCCAAAUGCAUUGUGAUGAUAAAUGCGGCAGACCUUCUGUACCCACGAGGAUAGUGGUCUUGAAGCCUGGCCUUGAAAGAAGCUCUGACACAGAAGAGUCUUGGCCUGGCUUAUCAGAGAUAGUAGAAGAGGAAGUUAGUAUUGAAGAUUUUCUUGAGGAGGUUAAGGAAAGACUCAGGUUAGAAAUACAAGGGAACACUAGAAAACAUAAUACCGUGAGAGGGGGUGAAUUUGAGAUUCCUUUUAGUGAAAAGCCCACAGGCCCAAAAGAAAUCGCUCAACAUAUAGCAAAACAUGUCAGAGAAAGUGUUACCAAGGACCUUGCAACAAAUUUGCCACGAUCGGAAUCAACCCGAUCGUUCAUAAAUUCAGUUCAGUCCAACGAACUGGGUUACCCCGAAUUCAUCAACAGAGAUACAAGGACAUUGUUGUCAGAGAGGCUGAGGAAUAUCCUAAGAAAUGAAACAGACGCAGGCAUUAACACAGUCAUCAAUGGCAACUCAAUACCUUUUAUGUUAGACAGAGAACAGGGCAGUGUACGGCCAAUGGAAGAUGUUUCAAAGAAUCGGAAAAAGGUGAGCCAGUGGGAAUACAUGAAAGACGAGCAUGGAACAAAGGUCAGAUCUUCCAGACAUGACCAGAAGAAAGAUGCAUCUUUUGAUACUGGAGAAAUAUCACCAAGGAACCUUACCAGAUCUUUGUCAGCUCCAGUAUCAGGAACAGCUUUUGGGAGGCUUCUUUUAGGGGAGCCGCAUGUCUUAUCAGGUGCUCACAUCAGAAGGAAGCAUGAAGCCACCGAAAAUGUUUCAGUGGAAGUGAGGAAAAACAAAAAAGAGACGUCUAGUUUCAGAGGGAAAGUUUCAAAUUUGCGACAUGGUUUUAGUCUCAGAUGUAGAUUUUUUGGCAAGAAGAUCCAAUCAGUGGAAGAAACAGGUGUGAGAGUAUCCGAAUCUAUGAAGUCUUCCUCUUCCAUGAAUGUGCCAACAGUUGUGAUGAAUUUGGGCUGUGCGCAGGAGAACUCGACUGAGGUGCCACCAAGCCCUGCAUCAGUGUGCAGCAGCCCUCAGGAGCAUUUCUUUAGGCCAGGCGGCCAUCCAAGUCCAGCCUCCCCGUUGGAUAUACCUUUUAUUGAAGAUCAUCCUGUUCCACAGGUUUUCAAAGAGAUCAGCUCUAACCUUCUUGAGCUCAGGAGGCAGUUGAACCGACUACUACAGUGUGAUGGCCCUGAAGAAGCGCCAGUCAAAGACGAUCUGUUGGAGCCUGAAGAGGACAAUUCAGAAGGAGAAGCACAUGUUUACAUCAGAGAUGUCCUUGUCGUUGCUGGUUUGUAUGAUGGGUCUUCUCCACUAACAAAUCCAAUCAACAGCCGUGUAUUUGAGGAAGUCGAAGAAGCUUCCAGAAGAUGUGCCAAGGAGGGUGAAGAAGCCAUCACGGAUGCCAGUGAGAGCAAUGUAGGUCACAAAUUGUUGUUUGAUCUAUUGAAUGAGUCGCUAUCAAUUAUAUCAAGACCCAUAACUAGGUCUAGAUUCAUGAGAGGAGUUUUGGGUCACCCCACAGCAGUGCCACGUAGGAAGAAAUUGCUCGACGAUGUAUGGAAGAUGGUCCGCAUCUAUGUGCAUCCUCCAUCUGAUAGCUGUCAUUCAAUUGAUAGCAUGGUGGCAUUCGAUCUAGCCACGACCCAUUGGUCAUCUAUGAUGAAUGAUGAAAUCGAUGUGAUAGGCAGUGAGUUGGAGAGGAUGAUUGCAAGGGAGUUGAUUGAGGAAACAAUGUGGGAUUUGUGUCACUCAUGGUGUGUGGAUUACUGUAGUUAUUUGUAGGGGAGCUUGUAAUUUGUCAGGGUUUAAAGGCAUGCUGCCGUGGAUGUAUGUGGAUACCUGGAAGUGAUGUACAUUUCAGGGUUGGGAUUGCCACAUUUGAUGUGGCUGUUGGGUGUUCGCAGUGGAAGACGUCACAUGUAUGGGAAAUACAAUGUACAAUAAGAUUACCACCGUCAUGUUGGAUUUGUACACAUGGAUAUCUGUUUUGGGGGGAGCAUGGAUUUAUUCGGGUACACAUGUUAUUUUAUGAUGUUGGAUUUGCAACUUUAUUGGGUUGUUAAGUCCUGAGAUUGAACAGGGAUGAUGAUUAACAAUAAAUCUUUUACCAUAAAA